UAGCUUGACUAUCCCUUUCCCUUUGGCCUUUGUAUUAGCUUGAAGUCUUAAAGACCGGACUUUUUAAACCAGUGGAGAACAUCUGAACAUGCAAGCACAGCCAAAGAUUGCCUACAGGGAUAAAUCCUUAUUCUUCUCAGAUAUGCCAACAAAUACAACAAGUAGAAUCUGUUCAAACUUAAUAAAACCAAUAGCAAGCAACAAAAUACCCACCUGCACCAUCAAACAGUCCAAUUAAACCAAUCAUUUGGUCAUUUUUCCCGUUUACCAGCAAAAUAUGGAAGGAGAGCUGAGACCAAUGGAUGCAGAGCAACUUAGAGAGUAUGCUCAUAAAAUGGUUGAUUUUAUUGCUGAUUAUUAUAAAACCAUAGAGAAUUUUCCAGUUCUUAGCCAAGUUGAGCCUGGGUAUCUUCGUAAAGUACUUCCAGAAUCUGCACCUAAUCGACCCGGGUCAUUGCAAAAUAUUCUUGACGAUGUCCAAGCAAAGAUUUUGCCAGGAGUGACCCAUUGGCAAAGCCCAAAUUAUUUUGCAUAUUAUCCUUCUAACAGCAGUGUUGCUGGAUUUUUGGGAGAAAUGCUUAGCGCCGGUAUCAAUAUGGUGGGCUUUAGCUGGAUAACUUCCCCUGCUGCAACAGAGCUUGAAAUGAUUGUUCUAGACUGGCUUGGUAAAAUGUUAAAAUUACCUGAAUAUUUUUUCUCGACAGGACAAGGAGGUGGAGUGAUUCAGGGUACUGCAAGUGAAGCUCUACUAGUUGUAAUGCUAGCUGCUCGAGACAAGGUCUUGAGGAGGGUGGGAAAAGAUGCCUUGGGAAAGCUUGUGGUUUAUGGAUCUGAUCAAACACAUUCGUCUUUGCAAAAAGCUUGUCAGAUAGCUGGGGUUCAUCCAGAAAAUUGCAGGCUGCUAAAAACGGACUCUUCCACAAACUAUGCUCUUGCACCAGAUUUACUUUAUGAAGCAAUUUCAAAUGACAUUUCAAUUGGAUUGAUUCCCUUCUUCUUAUGUGCCACUGUUGGCACUACUUCAUCAACAGCUGUUGAUCCCUUACUUGCACUGGGAAAGAUCGCUGAGAAUAAUGGAAUGUGGCUUCAUGUGGAUGCUGCCUAUGCUGGAAGUGCGUGUAUAUGUCCAGAAUACCGACGUUACAUUGAUGGUGUUGAAAAAGCUGACUCUUUUAACAUGAAUGCGCAUAAAUGGUUCUUAACAAACUUUGAUUGCUCAGCCCUUUGGGUGAAGGAUAGAAAUGCUCUUAUUCAGUCACUUUCUACAAAUCCAGAGUUUCUGAAAAACAAUCUGUCCGAAGCAAACAAGGUUGUAGAUUACAAGGAUUGGCAAAUUCCUCUUGGGCGUCGGUUUAGGUCAUUGAAACUGUGGAUGGUAUUACAAUUAUAUGGUGUGGAAAACCUCCAAUGCUACAUCAGAAAUCAUAUUAAUUUGGCCAAAUAUUUUGAAGGACUUGUUGCUGAAGACACUAGGUUUGAGAUUGUUGCCCCUCGAACAUUUUCAUUGGUUUGUUUUCGUCUUUUACCUCCCCGUAACAAUGAAGACCGCGGCAACAAACUGAACCAUGAACUAUUAGAUGCAGUAAACUCAACAGGGAGGACUUUUAUAUCUCAUACAGUUUUAUCCGGCAAAUAUACAUUGCGUUUUGCGGUAGGAGCACCAUUGACUGAAGAAAGACAUGUAACAGCAGCAUGGAAGGUCUUGCAAGAGAAGGCCUCUGCUUUGCUAGGGAUUACAAGGGCGAGUUGAUAUUUGCCAUUCCAUCUACCUUUAGCUGAAGAGCUGUUUGAACGCCGGACAAACAAGACAGGCUUUUGAAAAGUUGGACAUAUACACAAUACUUAUUGUUUAAUUCUGCAUUGUUGAUUAUAAGGCUUUGUUAGACAAUAACUUUUUAUGCAGCGAUUUAACAUUUUGAUUAAGAAUAAAACACUAUAUAUUGUUUUUAAAAUAAUUAAUUUUGUCAAACAAGUCCUAAGUUAAAGGUUCUAUUCGACAACAACUUUUAAUUAA